UCGCUGACACGAGUCUCGUGCGUUUCUUUCAGCGCCCCCGGUCGUUUCAAAACCUUCCCUUUUGCCCUGCGUUCUCGCCACCGAAAGUUCCCUCUGCCUCUCCCUCUCCCUCUCCCGACCCCGUCACCAUGUCCUCCGCCGGCCCCGGCUCCGACUUCCAGGAGUACUUCUGCCACCAAUGCCAACGCAACGUCGCCAUCUUCCCCUCCUCUACCCUCGACAUCACCUGCCCUAUCUGCCGUGGUGGAUUCCUCGAGGAGGUCGACCCUACGCCUCCCAGCCCCGAUCCCGCCCCUUUCCCCAUCCGUAACGCCAUCUUCCCCCUCUCCAUUCCCCGUGGCAGCUACGACUCCUUCCUCCUCUCCCCAUCCCCCCUCCCAUUUCUCUUGUCUCCAACCAGCAACUUCGAGCUUCGCAGCCCUAGGGACCUCGCCGACCUCCUCGGCCCCGUCCGCUCCUCCGAACCCUCCCCCACCCCUGGACCCGCUCCUUUCAAUCCGAUGCUCUUCCUCCAGGAUUACAUGCGGCAGUUGCUCUCCGGUGGCGCCAACAUCCAGGUCGUUCUCGAGGGUGGUCCCGUCGUCGGCGCCGGCAACCUCGGGGACUAUUUUAUUGGCCCUGGCCUCGAGAGGCUCAUCCAGCAGCUCGCGGAGAACGAUCCCAAUCGUUAUGGCACGCCUCCGGCUGCCAAAUCCGCUGUUGAAUCCCUGCCGGACAUCAGGAUCUCGGCCGAGUCGCUUGCCUCCGACGAGGCCCAGUGUGCCGUGUGCAAGGACGCAUUCGAGAUGGGGGAUGAGGCAAAGUUGAUGCCUUGCAAGCAUAUCUACCAUAAAGACUGCAUCUUGCCGUGGCUUGGGUUGCAUAAUUCCUGUCCGGUGUGCCGGUAUGAGCUGCCUACUGACGAUACGGACUACGAGCAGCGCAGAGGGGCCCCUGCAGCGAGGACAUUGUCUGGGGUGGGGAAUUCUGGUGGGUCCACAGCUGGGGCUUCUGUAGAGGGGAAUUCUCCAGGAUCGGGGAUGUUGCAGAGGAGUUUUAGUAUCUCUCUGCCCUGGCCAUUUAUGCCUUUUGCAACUCAAGGUCUGGAUGGGCAUGUUGUUGGAGUUGGUGAUGGGGGUAAUGGCAACGCCCGUGGUAAUAGCAAUGACGCAAAUUCUGGACAGCAAGGGUACAGGCAGUCAGAGGCUGAGCAGGAAGAUCUGGAUUGAGAAGAGUUGAGAGGAUGGAACUCAGGGACGCUCUCCGAGGUAUAUAUUCCAGCAUUUUGCAGCGAAACAUCCAGAAUUCAAGUAUCUCCAUAUUUUGAUCUGUUUUUAUCUAUCGGGAAAAAAAGAUAUAUAUAUAUUUGUUAUAUACUUCUUUUCUGGUACGAUGAUCUGAGGCUUAAUUCUAAUACCUUGAGCAAGUGAUUCCGGAAGCCACUAACAGGGAUCAUUCGGUGGCAUAAUGUUUGGGUACAAUAUUGGAUAUGUUUAUGUGAUACCAUUUGUAAUAUUUAUUUAAAUUAUUGGCAAAAUAUUUAUUUUA